CACAAUUUUUGCUAAAAGAUUUCCAAAAAUAAUAUAAAACAUCAAUCAUGCUUAAAAACGUACAAAAUUUACUUUGAUAGCUAUCAUUUUAGCAUACACCACGCAAACUAUUUGCUUUAAACAACAAUAGAUGUCAAUAAAGUCUGUUUUCGCUUAUACACUGUCAUCCAAAAUGGCAGGGAAGACGAAGAACUUGUGUUUGGACAUUAGCUGAUGUGAGAUGUGAAUAAAUAGUGUAAAGUUUACUUUUGACAGUGUUGUGCGGGUGUGAGUGGAACGCGGAAAUGCGGACAUAGCGCGUACAAUGGGUUCGCAGACAUUGGAGAUACUACGCCAGGGUAUUUGGGCCUCAUUAACUGGCGGUUGGUUCUACGACCCUCACCAGAACCUAUUUUGCAACACAGUACACCUAUAUAUUUGGCUGUUCUUGCUAUGCCUACCGUUUUCUGUGUACCUGUAUUUUCCUCCGGCAAGCCUUGGCUGGUUAAUCUACUGUGCUCUAGUGGCCGUCCUCUUCACUGCCUUAAAGCUGAUCAAUCACGGGUUGCAUCACAUGUACGACACAAACGAACUUAUCGUUGUACAGUCGACUGACGAAGCUGGGAAUUCUAAUGAAAAUACAGCUUUGUUGUCAACUCGCAGGCCGGAGGAAGGCAUGGAGAUGCAGAAUCUGGGCGGGGCCGCCGCUCCGCAGAGCGACAACGAUUCCGUGACGUCGUUCGAAUACCACAAGCCUAACAACAGCACUAUAGAUUUAAAAGUGGAUGUUCAUCGUAAGAAUAGUUCAGAGUCAAGCGUGGAAGACAGUGCGAUGUCCGCGAAACAGCCGCCUGAACCGGUUGCAAAAACGAAGUCCGAUCUGUGCAUAGUUCAACCCGUAGAUGUUGCAGGGCCAUCGAAAACCCGUCCAAAUAGAAACAGGUCGAAAUCCGGACACAGAAGAGAAAACAGGGUCAAAGUUUGUCGAGGACAUGGGCGAAUCGAUGAACUAAUCGUCGAAGAGUUGCGGAGUCCAGCAGGAGAGGCUAAUAUACCUCUUCAAGUGAUUGCGGAUGAAAGCUCUUUCGCGAAAGUGAGUAGACGAUACCACGAGUGCCCACAUCGACACGGUUCAAGCAAUAGAGACUUUUUUAAAGAAUGGCUGUAUUUAGAUGGCAGUGUAGUGGCCGGUGAACCUUACCAGUCAAAAUACGCGCGCCAACUUAGUUUCGACUCCAGAGAUAAUUCAGAGCCGAAUGUUGGACCGCCAUCUCCGAAGAAAAGGACAGCGCAGCGACGGAGGUACACUAACUACCACGACGAGAGCUGCACUAAAUCAGCAAUGGCAUUAGCAACAGCCCAGUCGUCCAACAUGAGGAGGAAUUCAAACUCAACCAUGUCUACCAUACAAUUACCAUUAUUAAAUUCAACAGCUCAGCUAGUCUCUCAUAUGAGAAGGCAUUCCAACAAUGCAGAUACUGGUUUCUUUGCAAGCGUGGAAUUGGGGGAGUAUAUGAUGGUUAAAGCCGAAGCUCCUGCGGGAGAUGUCGAAAAGAGCAAAGGAAAAAGCCCCGGUGUAAGGCGGAUAAAGAGUGCGGCUCUGGAAAUAGGUUGUCCUCCUCCGAGUGUUUCAAAUCUAUCACCUCAUCCAAAUAGCGCAGAGACGAUAGGCGGCCAAGUUCUUAAAAAUCCUAAAAGUGCUGUCAUCCCACCGCCAAGUAAGUGCUUAACCCGCGGGCCCCAUUUAAAUCUAUAUCCUAAAACUGAGUCUGGUGAAGGUUGCAGUUACCCUUAUCUUACAUACGGAUCAGAAAUUGUUUAUCCUAUAGCUGAAAUAUCAGAUGAAAUGCAGACGUCCCAAAAAGAAACCGAUUUAGAUUCCAGUGGAGAAAGUUACAGUGAAUAUGAGGAUGAGAAACAGUUUCGUGGAUUCGACUGGGAAGCAGAACAGUCUCCAGCUAUGCGUUCUAGUGACUCCGAUUAUGAAAAUAAUGGUUCCAGAUCACCUUUAUUAGAUAAAGUAAAUGAUAUUAGAGUAGUACGAUCAAAAAACCAAAGUGAUUGUAAAAAACACUGCUGCGAGAGGCACCAAAAUAAUGUACACCACUCAGAGUGUCUUAACGAAAAAUCGAAACCAGUGAGGUUAAAAAAGCUUCUAAAAAGUGAGGUACGGUCCGGCAGACUAACAAACACGUGUGAUUGUAAAUAUAAUUCGAAUAGUGAAUAUUUGGAUAAAGCAAGUGCUAGUUCAAAAGAUUUACUAAUAGAAAAAUCAAGCUUAGAAUCAAAUGAAAACGGAGUAGAAAAGGAACAUGACAAAAAACCAAUUGAAAAGAAACUUUGGGACCAUGACAUAUCCAAUACAAGUAGCAGUAGUAGUGAAAUGGAAAGACCAGAAGAUGAUGUUAAGUGCGAAAAACGUAAUGCGCCAGAAACUGAGGAAUCGCAACUUACUUGUGACAGUAAAAGUUCAGACGAAAGGAGUGUAUACAGUUUGGAUUGGUUGUUCGAAGAAGUCAACGAAUCUAAAGUGGCAUGCUGCACGGAAAAUUUAGGACCGGAAGAGGUAUUACGCCAAAAACUUGCUAACGCGUUAGGUGAGUCGUCAUCCAACGUUCCAAAAAACUUAGGAGCCAUACCAAAGCAAAUAAAAAACUUGGCCCGCUCUCGAGCUUCCUCCCAAAAGGAGAACAAAAUGAAAGAUUCUAAAAAAGACAAAGACGAGAAUCAAGCUUCAGAUCAAAUAUUAAUGGAUGCUGUGGAAGCUCAAGCUGCUUUGGUACAAGGCCUGGAAUGUUUAUUUGCAGCUACUAAUGCAAAUACUGUAGUUAUGCCACCUACAAACAGAGAAGAGAGGCCAAGGAGUCAUCGACCAAGUAUUAGAGGAGAAAGGGAUAGUGUGCACAAAACUAGAAAACGUUCCAUAGAGGAGGUCGCACAAACAUCGACAAACACAUUACUCCCAACUUCAAUGCCUUUAUUAGCCGCUUUCCUUAACUCUAGAGUAGAAUUUACGCCAUGUUGUGUAGGUGACAAUCCUCAACCCGCACAACCGGGACAACCGACCGAAGACGGUCAACGACUGAGGCCUUUAAUGGAUAGAAAUCACCGCAAUAGAGUAAAGAAAAUUAAGCGUUCAACACGCCAAAGAAACAAUCCAGCCUUGCAGCAAAAUAAUUCUGAUAAAAAAGAUAAACCAUCAGCAUCAGAGAAUCCUAACACGAAUAAUGUUCAUUUUGCUACAUCAUUUGAAGACACAACUGAUGGGGCAAUACACUGCUUCAUGGAUGAAUACGGCAACUGGAUGUCUUAUACGUUUGACAAGAACAGCUCUGGUCGAACACAAGCACUACCAAUACCGUUACCAGAAAAGGAAGAACCUUCGAGAUUUAGCAAAACUAAAGUCAUUGAAAAUCCCGACAACUCUCACGAAACCGCAGGCGAAGGCAGUUGCGGUUCACUAGAAUCUGAAGCCCCAAAUAGUGAAAGUAUAACUAAAACAAAGAGGGGAGAUAGUAUAGACCAAAGUUCUUCUAACCAAGGGAGUAACAAUCCCUUGCUAUCCAGUAACAACAACGUAUCAGCUGUUGUUCCCAUAAACACCAAUAGUAAUGCCAAUAAACGAUUUUACGUCUUCGAUGGAGGGACUGGUCCACAUUCUGACCAGCCAAAAUCGCCAGUUGCUAUCGUGACUGAUAGUUUUUUAGAGCAAAUUGAGGCGGAAAGACAGUCAAGGAUGGGGCUUCCGAGCAUGCAUAUCAAUUUCCUAAUGAGUCAGCAGAGAGCUCUACAGCAGGUCACACAGCAAGCUGAAAAUACCUCCAUACACAUACCAAGCCUAAUGCCUUCGAUAGGCGAAGAAAGCUUGGACACCAACAUUAGAAGUAAAUUCUCUAAAUUAAUGGAUGAUUUAGACAAACCGAAUAAACCAAAAUCCAAAAGUUACUACAAGUUUAAGCUAUCGAAAUGCUUGGAAGUCAAAGUUGCAAUGGACAGGUUAAAAUUAAUGGCUCUCUUCGACAGGAAUUUAACAUUCAAAGAGACUUUUGUAUCAAUAAUGUUAGCUAUAUCAGUGGCCGUUUUAGGUUCUAUGGUAUUGAAUUUAGGGUUUUACAGGGAUAUUUACGCGUUUUGGUUUUGUUUUAUCAUGGCUGGAAGUCAGUAUUCUUUGCUCAAGAGUGUACAACCGGAUUCGGCAUCACCAGUGCACGGUUUUAAUAAAAUGGUUGUCUUUUCUCGACCGGUCUAUUUCUGUUUGUGUACCGCGAUACUAUGCGCUGUACACGGCCAACUCCAAGAGAUAACACCUCAAGAAGAAUCAAAUCUACGCACUAAAAGAAGCGUAGACGAUAGCAAACCCAUGACGAUAUACGGAUUCGAAUUUAACGAGAGAGAUUUUUUAUAUGUGAUUCAAGAAAUCCUUUCUAAGUUCCUAUUAUUUUUUCCAUUGGCAUUCAGUUUAGGUUUAUUUCCCCAAGUGAACACGUUCCUGAUGUACUUAUUAGAGCAGAUAGAUAUGCAUGUAUUUGGGGGUAAUGCGACCAGUAGUUUAAGCGCGGCUGUAUACUGUGUAGUUCGGUCAUUUGCAGCCAUAGGCGUUCUUUAUGGUUUCGCGUACAGUGGUUUGGUGGAAGGGAAGAAAUCACAGCAUCAAAAGCACAACAUCCUCUUUUCUAUAUUCUGCGGUCUUCUAGUACCUAUAGCCUACCACUUGAGUCGAAGUGCGAGUGACUACACUCUAAUAUGGAAUUUAAUUAAAAAACACUUAUUACCACCCGAGCUCUAUGUCGUUCAUACACCUGAGUGUACGCCAGAAACUGAGAAAAACGAUCCGAGUACUUUGACUGAGGAAAAGAAGAACAACUCUGAAAGUAAUAUAUCUAAACAGAACUCGAUUGGUAGUUCUGCGUCCAAAAUUAACUUCAGCUCCGAGACAAAUAUUGCUAGGACGCAAAAAAGAUCACAGGCAUCCAGUAUUAGUUCAUUGAAAAUGGAUCCCAGAGGUGAUACGAUGAAUUCAACUACAUCUCUCAAAGCUGACCGUUCUGAAGCUCAAACUGAAGGUGAAGAUAAGAGUCGGGACUCUAACACUCUGAACUCAAACACGAAUAAGCCGGAUAAUGAAAAACCUGAUGAGGAUAUGGAAGAUCCUUUGCCGAAGAAGUUGCAAGCGACAGUAAACGCGAGGCUCAAGAACGAUGUGAUAGUAUGCACGUUUCUUGGACUCUUCGUGUUUGGACUUCACUGCACGACGGUAUUUACGACGCUCAGACCACAACUCAAUACGGUGCUAUGGAUCAUAGCGGGUAUCUUGGGCUGGGUACUCCACUACGUGACACCUCAGCUCCGGAAACAGCAGCCGUGGCUGUGCUUAGCCGGACCAGUGCUUAAACAACAGGAGCAUGCACAAUUCGAGGUCACCGAGCCAGCUAAACUGAUGAUAUUUGAGAAGAUCUUCGUGUACCUGUGUUUCUUGGAGCGAAACGUGUUAUAUCCAGCGGUGGUGAUAGCGGCGACAACGCAGGACGCGCCCGCCAUUGCGGCCAAAUACGGCGACGCGGUCGGCGCACUGAUCAUUUGCGUGUGCGCUUUGAAGUGUUUAAGGAACGCGUAUUCAGAACCGGACAGCCAGUAUCUGAUACUAGUUUUCGCAGUUCUGUUGUUCCAACGCGAUUUGAGCAGCCAGAAAGUGUCGGAGACAUUCCUCGUGGACUAUUUCAUCACGGCAAUCAUAUUCAGCAAGGUGUACGAGUUUCUGUUGAAGAUCCAAUUCGUGGUGACGUACAUAGCUCCGUGGCAGAUCACGUGGGGCAGUGCUUUCCACGCGUUCGCUCAACCUUUCUCUGUCCCGCAUUCGGCCAUGCUGUUCUUGCAAGCUGCCGUGUCCGCCCUGCUGUCUUCUCCACUAACACCUGCGCUUGGCAGCGCCAUAUUCAUGACGUCAUACGUGCGGCCGGUCAAGUUCUGGGAGCGCGACUACAACACGAAGAGGGUCGAUCAGAGCAACACCAGGCUGUCGUCGCAACUGGAGAGGAAUUUAGGAGCAGAUGACAACAACCUAAACUCUAUAUUCUACGAGCACCUGACUCGCUCCCUGCAACACUAUCUGUGUGGGGACCUGAUGCUGGGCCGGUGGGGGCAAGUCCAACAAGGAGACUGUUUUGUGCUAGCAUCCGACUAUCUGAACUGUCUGGUGCAUAUCGUGGAGAUGGGAAACGGCUUGGUGUCGUUUCAACUGAGAGGACUGGAGUUCCGAGGCACGUAUUGCCAGCAGCGAGAAGUAGAGGCUAUAUCUGAGGGACCGGAGGAAAGUAUUGAGGGCGUAUGCGGCUCGCGAUGGCUGUGCGGAGGCCGAGUGCUCUCGCCGGGCUCGUGGUGGGCUCUGCGCUGGCUGGCGUGGCAGCUGGCGGCCGCGCGGUACGUGCUCGAGGGGUACUCCGUCACCGACAACAGCGCGGUGUCCAUGCUGCAGGUCUUCGAGUUCCGGAAGGUGCUUCUCAGCUACUACGUGAAGAGCAUAAUCUACUAUACCAUUCACUCGACCAAGCUGGAAGAAUGGCUGUCGUCUCCCGAGCUUGCUGAAGCGCUGAAACCGAUGAGCGAGCGCUCUUUCGUCGAUCUGGACCCCAUAUUCAACGUUAACCUUGACGAGGACUACGAUUUCAGAGCGUCGGGAGUUACCAAGAGUAGGUUCUGCACGAUUUAUCAGGAAUGGAUAGUGCACUGCAGUGCGCGGCGAGGGGGAGGUUGGCGAAGACGGGCUUCUGCGAGGGACUCCCCACUUGUCACACUAUGCUUCGCGCUCAGUCUACUCGGCAGGAGGGCCUUAGCGGCUGCACAGCAUUUAUCCGCUUCCAGUGUGGAAUUCUUCCUGUACGGUCUCCAUGCACUUUUCAAAGGUGAUUUCCGCAUCACUUGCGCGCGAGACGAGUGGGUCUUCUCUGAUGUGGCUCUGCUCCACUCCGUGCUAGCGCCCGCAGUGCGAAUGGCCCUUAAAUUACAUCAGGACCACUUCAUGUUCCCGGAGGAGUACUGUAGCAGUGCGGCGCUGUACGGAGCGAUCGCGUCGCACGCGCAACGACUGGUCAUCUGCCACGAGGCCGCCCCCGCCUGGCGGUACAACGUGCUGCGAGGCGCGCCGCACCUACUCGCCCUUAGGCACGUAAUGGACGAGGGCAACGACGACUACAAGAUCAUAAUGCUGAACAAGCGCCACCUGGGGUUCCGCGUCAUCAAGCUGAACCGCGAGUGCGUGCGCGGCCUGUGGGCGGGCCAGCAGCAGGAACUUGUGUACCUCCGCAACCGCAACCCAGAGCGCGGCUCCAUACAGAACGCGAAGCAGGCUCUUAGGAAUAUCAUCAACUCAUCCUGCGACCAGCCGAUCGGGUAUCCGAUCUACGUAUCACCGCUCACAACUUCGUAUGCGGACACCUCGCCUCAACUGUGUUCGCUCGUAGGCGCUCCCCUCACUGUCACUUCUAUACGUGACCAUCUAGUAGCUCUAUGGCGAAGGAUACGUCGUCGCUGCGGCGAAGGUUGUUCGAGCGGAGCGUGCGAAGCGGCUACGGCGGAAGCCGGACGAGCCCCGUCACGGAACAUUCCCCCCGCGCUGCCCGCCAGGAACUCGCUGCCCUCACACGCCUCGCACGCGGCUUCACUUGGAGGAACUCGCGGCAGUCUGUCCAGCGCGGGCAAGCCCACGUCGUCCACGCUGGCGUCGCUGGCGGGCCUGCUGCGGGAGCACUCGCACGAGAGGGCACCGGAAGAACCGGUGUACAUCACGUAUCAAGACGUAGCGGAGGCACAUCGCCGUAACGAGGAGGCACGCAUGGCCCGGAGAGACAGGAGUGCGCGUACACGCACGCAGCUGAGCAACAGAAGCCGGCUGCGGCGCGACUCACGCUUGCCGGCGUCGUUCCGGCUGCUGGCCGUGUCCGACACGCUGCGCCCGCCCGACCACGCGGACAUGAGGCACGGAGACGACGGACAGGGUUCUACUGGCGGAUGGGAGUGCGGGUGGCGAGAACAACCGCGACGUGCCGCUAGUGCAAAGGUAUCGGGCACCCGUGCGUCCCGGGACUCCCGCGGCUCCGGCUCCGGGUCCUCCCUGGAGGAGGCAGGCGCGAGCGGUCUGGACGUGUCCCUCCCGGACUGUAAGAUCAUCGCCAACAGAAACGCCAGGCAAGCUAGCUUUACCAGAUAUUUCAUAAACGAAGGUACGUCGAAAGACCUGUCAAAAGUCAGCAGAGACAUACGUCACGAACGGGAAAGCUACAGAGACCUCACCGGAAGGUACAUUGAGAAACCUGAAGUUAUUCCCCUGAAGGAGACUCACUACUCGGACAUAUCCAACAAAGAGUCGAUACUUAAAAAGGAACAGAAAAAGGACCCUAAAGCGAAAGAGAUAAAGACUAAAAUUAAAAGAUCAGAUUCUGGUAAAAGUGAACUGAAAGUGAACAUUAGUGUAGGAAGCAAAGUGUUGAUCGUUGAACCUCUGGGAGUGUAUGAUUGUAUUAACUUGGGGAGGAGGAUAGACGUGCUGUGGCCUUCGGAGUACCAGAGGGAGAGAGGGGGGCGAAAUUACUGGGGCAGUUGGGUGCCCUUGGCUGGAAUGGAUGGAUUGGUUGUACACAAAUGGACGCCAAGUCAUCGCGAUCCCAAACUAAGAUCCCACGUCGACAAAAGUAUACUUUUGCUUCAAAUCGACGAUAGAUUCGUCCCCAUCGCGGAAAACUGCGUGCAAGACCUAGGCGAUGAAGUCUAGACACUAAAUUAAAUAGUUCAUAGACACGUCCAACUUAAUGAUCGGUCGAAUCGAUGUUUGUUUUUGUUUUCGCAGAUUCGUUAUCGUUUAAGAUCCAGGCAGAAAACUUUAUGAUCUGUGAAUCUGCGUGCAAGACAGGAACAAAUGUUUAAAAAAUGUGAUUUUUAAUUGUUUUAAUGCAACAUCGUUAAUUAUUUACCGUACUUCUAUAGGUUACAACGAUUAUCCUGCACAAAUCCACCAACCAAAUAUUUUAACCAAUCAGAACGCACCAAAUUUACGCGCGAAUCGUCUUCAUUGGUUGUUGCGUAUGUGCUAUGAAUAAGAUAACAUUUCUGUUAGACUCAUCUAUUGUUAUUGUAAUUUCAAUCUUAUCACAAUGCAAUAAGGUCUGUAUUUUAUUGGAGUUUACAAACUUUUAGAUAAUUCCUUUGCGCUAACGAAUAAUGUCGAUGUAACUCGUAGAAGUGGGACUACUGUAAAAGCGUAAGGUAAAUAUUUACGCCUCUAACAAUGGGAACCAAUAAAUAUAUUUUUUCUUGUUUUAAUGAGGCAAUCUUUAAUCAUUUUAUAUACUUGCUUUAAUUUUUCAGUGCACUCAGUUGGCACAGUGUUGUAGAAUCAACCUAAUUAUGUUGAUUGUUCAUUUGAUUUUUAGGACCAACACUGUGCGAGGCGGACCACUGUGAGAUAAACGUAAUGUAUGUGAAUAAGUGUAUUAUGUCAACGUUUUGUACUUUGUAUGGUACCUCAAUAUGAAAAAAAUAUAUGUACGCAGUGGUAAAUACUGCGUUCUUUUAAGUUAGAUGUCCCGCCUCAGCAAGGACAUUUUGAGGAUUUAUUCCAUAUGGAUUUUCUCUGGUCUAGUUUAGUAGAGGCUUCGUCCAUUACCGACAAUCACGUUUGCGUUCUGGUACGAUGCUGCGUGGAAACCCAUGGUUUAAUGCUGUCUUUUACAAAGGGUCGUGCAAAUUUAAUUUUUUUUCACGUGUAUAGGGUAUUAAGAAUUCAAAACACUGGUUUAAUGUAACUGACAUACUCUUAAAAGGUUAGCCGGCUACCACCUCAUACUUUAUCAUACCUUUCCAGGUUAAAUUACACCUUAGGGUUAACUUGUACUGAAAUAAAAAAAAAUAACAUAAAUAAUUAAGUCCACGCCAUGUACAUUGUCCACCUAACGAGUGUACCAUACAAAGUAGAAAUACAGGCGACUAAAGUUUCGAUAUAAUUAUGUUAAGAAUAAUCGCUAAGUUAAUAAAUGAAUUACGAUGAAACUGGGACUUGACAAAUUUAAUGUUGUUAUUGUAAAAAUAUUGUAAUUAUUGCAGAACUUCUAUUCGAAUUCUGUUAUAUACUAAAUAAAAUUAUACACAAACUAUGAUAACUAUAAAAUCUGUUUCAUAGAUUAUACAGAAAUAACUCAUAUUUUAGUUUGUAAAAGACUUUGGUAUCAAUGAAUCAAAUUCUUUUACUAAACUAAAAUACACUAAAUUAAACUAAACGUUAACUUAAAUCACUAUAAAAAAUUUACAAUUAUCUAAUACAACAAAAAAAUAGUAGGUUAGUUUAGUUCAGUUUAGUAUAUAACAGAGUUUAGUACCAAUAACGUAAGAUCAAUAACUCUUUACCUAUGUAUUUAAUCGUUAGGAAAUAUUAAGGCCGACUCUUGGCCUAUGUUGUGAUUUCGAAUAAUUUGAUUUCGUGAUAGAAUCUACUAAAAAAAAAAAAUAACAUAAUCAUGUGAUGUUAUAUAAAAUUGUUUGUUUGUAAAAUAUAUCACCGUACCAAACAAUCGGGAAAUGUGGUCUGUCUGCUUAGAAAUUUCCAAUCAUAUAAUGUAUGUUAAAAAAUAUAAUUAUAUUUGUCUGAUAACUAUAGUUAUUUUUGUUUUUCAUGCAUAAUAAAAUUCUGAGAAAGUUAAAAAUAGUUGGAAAUUUCUAAACGGACAAACUAUAAAGUUCCAAAAUGUGUAUAUAAUAAAAACUCUUGAAAUGUAUGUAUGUUGCAUUGUAAAUAAAUGUUGUACAUAAUGUAAAAAAUGUAUGUCCUAUUGUACAUCUCACUAUGUUGUAUGAAAGGGCUUGUUUUAAGUAAUAUGUUUGUUUCGGGCAAAGUCGGCAGGGUGGGCAAAACUAGUUUGCCCUGACGCAAAGUAGCUCUGUCACAAACAGCUCUAUUACUACCAAAUAGGUUUUAGGCAAAGUUUUUUUUUUUUUUAAAUAUUAUUUAUUUAAAGGAGCUUUGUCACAACGUGACUAUGGAAGCUAAAUAUAACAAAAAAGAAACUAUCACUAGUUUGCUCUCCGCUUUAAAGCUAAUAGAACAAGUUUAUAAAGCAUUCUUGCCUUCUCGGAUGCCGGGAAGGCAAGGAUGCUGUUCCAUAGUCCUACUCGGGUUUUCCUUCAAAACAUAUAAAUCUUUCGCCUUUAGGCAAAGUUAAAUUUGCAAAUCAAGAUGUGCCCACCCUGCGAACUCUGCCCGCUACAUUUCCUUUUUUUUAUUUUUGUUACUUUUUCACUAAAUUUUAAUUUUAAGUCAAAACCCUUUCCAAAAAACAAACAUUAGUCCCUUCAACACCAAAAAAAAAAUGUGCAUUGUAUAUUGGUACAAAACUAAGUUAUCUAGUGAAAUUUUACUGAGUACACACUGUUGCAGUAUAGUUUCCACUUAAACAUCAUAUUAUGUAAUUAAAAAACAACAGCCUCUGGUGGAAUAUAAUCCAAAAAAUCAAUUAACUCAAAACUUCUGUAUGUCUUUGGGGAGUUGUCAUUGAGCAGUAUAUUAGCAGUAUCAAAAAAAUGCCUAGUUGUGUUAGACUACUGCUAGUCAUCUUUCUACUAUUUUUUGCUCUAGAAUCUAGGUCCAUUAUAAUAAGAUGUUAAACGUCGAUAAAUCGUAUUGUUAUUUAAAAUCCUAACGAUACUUAAAUUAUUUUUAUUUUUGAAAUUAAAAAUAUUGGCACUACUAUUGAUAAAAAUUAGGGCCAAAUUUAAGGUAACUGAUAUGAAAUUGCAAAAAUAAUAGGGUUGGUCUUUACUAUUUCAUAAUUUCUAAUAUUUUUUGCUGAGCAAACUUUCAAAGCAUCAUAUAUUUCAAUUCUUUAUAUUUAAUUUCCAUAUACUUCACAGUGUGUACGUUGGUUACUUAUAUGUAUAAUACUAUCGCUGUUAUUUGUUGGGUAUAUAUUUAUCGCAAACAUAAAGUUGAAGCGCGAACGCGAUAUCUAGCAACACAGUACAGCCAUCAUACAGUUCAGAAUGGAAUAUAUUUUUAAUUACUCCAUUAAAAAAAAAAAAAAUUACUCCAUUCCAAGAACAUUCAGUCCGUCCGAUCCACAAAUAUUUUCACAUUUUUCCCAAAAUACAUGGGUCAGUGGGAUCUAAGAGGUACUUAAAUACAGUAAUUGUAACAUUAGGGCAUUGUGUGGAACGACUAUAUAAAGUUUCGCAAUCAUCCAUAAGAGGAAAGGAUUAGGUGAGAUAGGAAGAAAGGAAAAUUUUUCAUGAAGUUAUAUUAUAUGCUGCCUCAGAUCGACUGAGUCUACCAUAGUUUGUUGGUAAUAUGAACACUAAAGUACCAUGACCGAGCUUUCGACAUACUAACAUUUUGUAUUUAAAUGUACUAUACACACACUAUACAUAAGAUAGAGUGAAAUAAAGCGGCACAUACCUAUAGUAUGUAAAGUAUGCAAAUAUUGGGAUUAACACUUUUGUUUUAGUAAUUAUUAACUUAAUCGAGUACAGCGAAGAAAAAUAAAUUUAUAGCUUCCUAAACCACCUGUGUCAAACCACUUUUAGUUUGUGCGAUUGAGCGUGCAAACAAACUCUAAGGCGUUACUAGAUGCCAACAAAGUUUAAAAAACAACAUGGUGAUUACUAUCAGGGCAUGUCCAUUUCCGAACUGUAUGAUUGGUAUACUGUGCUAGCACGUUGAGUUUUACGAAUUUAAAGGGAUUCAAUUAUCCAAGUUGAUCGUUUAAAAUUUAAAUUAUAUUCAAAAAAUUACUGCUAAAUGUAAAAUUAAGUAUUCCACGUAAAGUUUAAAAUCUGGUGAUUUUAAUUGAUAUGAAAUGUUAAAGCAAAAAUAAUGUCACAAAUAAAGAAUAAAAAACAAAAGAAAAUCACUGAGAAGUGGCAUAUAUUCCUUAAAUAUUGUAAUCCAAUAACACAAAAUCGAAAAAUUUAUCUUAAAAUUCUCAAGAAAAAACCUCCAUCAUACCCCUAUUUAUUGAACGAACGUAUUCACAUUAAAUAAUACAUAUUCGUUCGCGAGUUGCCUUAAUAUACUUUAGACUGAUUUUUUAUAAUCGCGAGAGUGAGCCCGUUAUUGAUGUAAAAUCGGUUGCACGCAAAAUACAAAUAAAAAUCAACCAACCAGUUUUUGUUGUAAACUAGACUAAAAAGAGAAAACUAGGCGUUCUUCUCACAUUUUUUUCUGAGGAAAAGGAUACAGCAAUACUAUAAAAUAAUUUGAAACUAAAAUUACGUGGAUUCAAAUUUAUUAAUUACAAGCAGACCCCAGCGCCA